AUGCAGGAUUUCUUGUGUUCCAUGUCAGAUUCCAACACAACUGACUUCACCAACCCUUCCACCUUCAUCCUGCUGGGUAUUCCUGGCCUGGAGGCUGCCCAUGUCUGGAUCUCCAUCCCCUUCUGCACCAUGUACAUCAUAGCUGUCUUGGGGAACUUCACCAUCCUGUUCAUAAUGAAGAUGGAGCCAAGCCUCCAUGGGCCCAUGUACUAUUUCCUCUGCAUGCUGACUGUCACCGACCUGGUCCUGUCCACAUCCACCCUGCCUAAAAUGCUGAGCAUCUUCUGGUUCAAUUCCAGGGAGAUCGAUUUCAGUGCCUGCCUCACCCAGAUGUACUUCAUUCACUGCUUCUCAGUGAUGGAGUCUGGGAUCUUCGUGGCCAUGGCUUUGGAUCGCUACGUGGCCAUCUGUGAUCCCCUGAGACAUUCCAGCAUCCUGACAAACCCUGUUGUGGCCAAAAUUGGCCUGGCUGUGGUGCUGCGUGGCAGCAUACUCGUACUGCCCUAUCCCUUCCUGGCAAGGCAGUGGCCAUAUUGCAGAACUAACAUCAUCCCCCACUCGUACUGUGAGCACAUAGCCAUGGUGAAGCUGGCCUGUGCCGUCAUCCGCAUCAGUAAUUACUACGGCCUCUUUGUGGCAAUUUUCGUGACUGGUCUGGAUGUGUUUUUUAUCACCAUGUCUUAUAUUCAGAUCCUUAUGGCCAUCUUCAGCCUCCCCACAAAGGACGCCCGGCUCAAGACUUUUGGGACCUGCAGCUCCCAUCUUUGUGCCAUUUUAGCCUUUUACAUCCCAGCUCUCUUCUCCUUCCUCACGCACCGGUUUGGCCACACUAUGCCCCUGCAUUUACACAUUCUCAUUGCCAACCUGUAUCUCCUGGUGCCUCCCAUGCUUAACCCCAUCAUCUAUGGGGUGAGGAACAAAGAGAUCCGGGGCAGGCUGCUCCGGCUCUUUUCUCAUAAAAGGACCUAA